CGCAUUUCUGCGCAGCCCGAGCGCCGGGUUGAUCCACUUCAAACACGUGUUGUAAAGCGGAAGCAACGGACUGAAACAGAACGAGAAGCUUUCGAUUCUAGUCAUUAAUAAUCCAAACAAAGACGCGAGUUUGUCGUCGUCUUGGAGCUUCACAAAAUAACGCGGACGCUUGAAUUACACCGUGUAUAAAAAUGAACCUCUAAUUGGGAUACAUCUUUACACAACCAGCAGUUUCGAUUUUCAAACGUAAACAUCCGCCGAGCAGUUCCCGUCCAUGUGUAAGCAGACACUUCACUAUGCUACCCAUGUUUGGGAUGAGUGUUUUGGUCCAAAACAGAGGACAUGCCAUUCCCAGCUAAUGGUCAGUUAUAAUACGACUUGAGUUGAUUUUAUUUUAACCCCAAGUGGUUUGCCAAGGCGUCAGCGUUAGUAAAGAUGCGAAUGGGUUAGCACGCGAGCUAACUUGGCUACGAGAGCUGUUUGUUUGUGUAACUACAGACUCAACUAUGUCGUUUGACAGCACAGAUAAUACGACAAAUAAUAUAUAGUCCAUUCCGGCUAACAAAGGCUACAGUUUAGCAAUCUUUAUUAUGGGUCUACUGAACUUUGUUUUUAGUUCAAUUGGGAAAUGCAUAGAUGUCAUUUGUCUCCUCCUGGAUUUAAAUUUUGUGAUUGUCAGCUCAAUAAUUCAGCUGUUGGUGGCAGUGAUCUCCUUUACCAGUAGUCUGCCUAUGCUACUCACAAAUUCAGUGUCAGAGUUCUGGAAUCUCACUCUGCUUUGCAUCAUCACCAUGAGGGACGGAGUAACAGUUGUGACCCAUAACAUGGUCGGAGGCUGGAUGCAGCUGCUGGGAGGCGUCCUGGAAAGCUUCAAGAUGAUCGGAUACCUAUCUUCGCAUCUACUGCUCCGCACCAAAGAGCUUCUCCACCGCGGACUGUUGUCGGGACACGGUUUGCUGCGACAGGCCUGGGAAGGCUGUGGAAUUGUGUUCAGCUUGCUGUUGUAUUUCAUCAACACGAUCAUCAACUUGCUGCUCAUAGGCACACAGAAUUUAUACUCUGUGGUGGUCAGCACGGUGGAAGCGGUGUCCUGCCCUUUGCAGAAAGCUCUUGAGCUGACUUUGACGGUGCUUACGUUUCUUUAUAGCAGUCUUGUCGGCACCUCCAUCCUGCUGUGGACGCCAUGCAGACUGGCGAUGGAGUUCCUGGGAUCCAUGUGCCAUGUAUUUGCAAGCAUUUUCCUGCUCAACUCUUACGGGCUGCUGCUCACGUUGAUCAUAAUUGCGAGUGCCACCGUAUAUCUAAACCCCGCGCUCCCACAACUUGUGUCUUUGCGCGUAAUCAACUACAUCAACGCUGUCCCCAUCCUACGGUGUCUCCAAAGGGCUCUACACCGCCUCAAUGUGCUCGAGAGGAACGUGUGGCGGCGAUUGGCCUGGCAUCGCAGCCAGGUAAUGGUUCCUGCCAGGAUGGAAGUGGCAGAGAGGGACGUUCAGCAGCCUGAUCCCAACCCUGAGCCUCAAGUUGACCUUAAUGUGCUGGAAAACGCACCUGAGGAUGCCCACCAAGUGGACGACCCUAUAAACCCACCGCUUCCCAGUUCCAGCACUCACAGGCCACUCCGGAAGUUUCCUUCGGAGGACAGUUGCAAAGGCCCUCCGGCUGACAACUUGCUGACUCUUCUGCAAGAGCAAGAGGAGAGGAAGAAGUGCGUGAUCUGUCAAGACAGCACCAAGACUGUCGUGCUCCUGCCAUGCCGUCAUUUGUGCUUAUGUAGAGACUGCACCAACAUUUUGCUCAGCCAGCCUAUCUACCAACACAACUGCCCCCUGUGCCGCCACAUGAUCCUUCAGACCAUGGAUGUGUAUCUCUGAGGGAAGCGUUUACGGAUGUGUUUCUGUCAUCCUCAGGUUUUUGGAGCAGCACUGUUCUUGAAAUGUGGGAAACCACUUGUUCCUUUUUCAUAGAUGUUCAUUCCACUACGGUUGCUUGUAUAUAGAUUUAAAUCACAAGCUUUUAUAAAUCGUGAUUGCGAGGCUGAUGACUGUGACUGUGCUUUUUUUAUUUUUUUAUAUUCAUUGUCACUUUUUUCAUCAGCUUGUAGAAGCAACGCUAUUUUUCUCAUACAGCAAUAUCACAUGAAUGUAAGCUUUGUAUUAAAAAAAUUAAAACGGGGUGUUAAUUGUGAAGAUCGAAGAUUUAUAAUUGUCAAGUGUUUAUGGGCAACAUUUGUAUGCUACAAUACUAAUGUUAGGCCUUAUAGUAUGAAUUGUUGUCUACUUGAUUUUCUUGCCUGACUGUAAAAGUGAUAGAAGGUUUCAUGGGAAUUUUUGAAACCUCACAAUAAUCCACAAGUAAUUCAUGUCUUCAGUCCAUCAAUUAGUGUCUUGUGAAAUGUAAAGCUGUGUUUUUUAAUAUGCAGAUCCAUCAUUAAGACAUUUUUAACUUCAAACCAUUCCAAAAGAGUCCUUUA